AGUGAUUAGAAUAUAACCAAAGCGGCAUGCUGGAUUCGCCAUAAUCAAGGAACCUUUUCCGGGUGGGGAAUCUCAGAAAUUACGCAGUGAGCAACCCUAAUUAACCUGAUUUUUUGCUGAUAAUCACUCUCAAUGGAAUCAAAUCACAAAUCCGGGGAUGGAUUGAGCGGCACCCAGAAGGAAGCGGCGCUCCGCGCACUGGUCCAGCGCACAGGAUAUAGCUUGGUCCAGGAAAACGGACAAAGAAAAUAUGGUGGUCCUCCGCCAGGCUGGGAUGCUACGCCCCCAGAAAGGGGCUGCGAGAUUUUUAUUGGGAAACUUCCCCGGGACCUUUUUGAGGAUGAACUCAUACCAUUGUGUGAAAAAAUUGGUAAAAUUUAUGAAAUGAGAUUGAUGAUGGAUUUUAAUGGUAACAACAGAGGCUAUGCAUUUGUAACAUUCUCAAAUAAGCAGGAAGCCAAGAACGCAAUCAAGCAACUUAACAAUUAUGAAAUUCGGAACGGCCGUCUCCUGGGAGUCUGUGCCAGUGUAGACAACUGCCGAUUGUUUGUAGGAGGAAUCCCUAAAACCAAAAAGAGAGAAGAAAUCUUAUCAGAGAUGAAAAAGGUCACAGAAGGAGUCGUUGAUGUCAUUGUCUACCCAAGCGCUGCCGAUAAAACCAAAAACCGAGGAUUUGCCUUUGUAGAAUACGAGAGUCACCGUGCAGCUGCCAUGGCGAGGCGGAGACUGCUUCCAGGAAGAAUUCAGUUGUGGGGACAUCCUAUUGCAGUAGACUGGGCAGAGCCAGAAGUUGAAGUUGAUGAAGACACAAUGUCUUCUGUGAAAAUCCUGUAUGUAAGAAACCUUAUGCUGUCUACCUCGGAAGAGAUGAUUGAAAAGGAAUUCAACAGUAUUAAACCAGGCACUGUGGAACGGGUGAAGAAGAUCCGAGACUACGCCUUUGUGCAUUUCAGUAACCGAGAAGAUGCAGUUGAAGCCAUGAAGGCUUUGAACGGCAAGGUGCUGGAUGGUUCCCCAAUAGAAGUGACCUUGGCCAAGCCAGUGGACAAGGACAGUUACGUUAGGUACACCAGGGGCACUGGUGGCAGGAACACUAUGCUGCAAGGAGAAUACACCUACCCUCUGAGCCAUGUUUAUGACCCUACCACAACCUACCUUGGAGCUCCUGUAUUCUAUACACCUCAAGCCUACGCAGCCAUCCCAAGUCUUCAUUUCCCAGCUACUAAAGGACAUCUCAGCAACAGGGCUCUCAUCCGGACCCCUUCUGUCAGAGAAAUUUACAUGAAUGUCCCUGUAGGGGCUGCGGGAGUGAGAGGACUGGGCGGCCGUGGGUAUUUGGCAUACACAGGCCUGGGUCGAGGGUACCAGGUCAAAGGAGACAAGAGAGAAGACAAACUCUAUGACCUUCUGCCUGGAAUGGAGCUCACCCCGAUGAAUACUGUCUCUUUAAAACCACAAGGAAUUAAACUUGCUCCUCAGAUAUUAGAAGAAAUCUGUCAAAAAAAUAACUGGGGACAGCCAGUGUACCAGCUGCAUUCUGCCAUUGGACAAGACCAAAGACAGUUAUUCCUAUACAAAGUAACUAUCCCAGCGCUGGCCAGCCAGAAUCCUGCAAUCUACCCUUUCAUACCUCCAAAGCUAAGCGCCUAUGUGGAUGAAGCAAAGAGGUACGCAGCAGAGCACACGCUCCAGACACUAGGCAUCCCCACAGAAGGAGGGGACGCUGGGACUACAGCACCCGCCGCCACAUCUGCCACUGUGUUCCCAGGAUAUGCUGUCCCCAGUGCCACCGCUCCUGUGACUACAGCCCAGCUCAAGCAAGCAGUGACACUUGGACAAGACUUAGCAGCAUAUACAACCUAUGAGGUCUACCCUACUUUUGCAGUGACCACCCGAGGUGAUGCUUAUGGAGCCUUCUGAAGAUCCCGUCCCUCUAAGAAUAAGCCUUUACAGCAGGAUCUGGAGAAGAUAAGAACCUCUAAGCAGAUCCCUCAUGAUCAUCAGUCAGACCUUCCCCAAAGCAAUGCCUUUCCUGAGACCACAUGACUUAUUCAUCAGACUACUCACAAAGUAUGAAUAUUAUUCUUCAACAAAAUCAAAUGUUAAGGAGCCAUUUGCUUAAAAGAAACCUGAAGAGCUACGGACGGCAAAAGUUUGUUCUUCCAAGGAUCCUGAGUAUCUCAGGAAGAGGAUAACACCCUGACAAAUUAGUCUAUGCUCUUAGUACUGAAAGCUGGGCAGUCAGUAGCGAAGCACAGCCAGUAAAACUCUCAUCACAGUCACCAGCUCACAGCUGCUCAGUCACUCACAGAAUUUAGAUACCAGAGGAAAGCAGGAAGCUCUGUAGGAGGCCUUCAGCAUUGCGAACAGUGUGGGGUAUGACCCCAGGCUGAGUUCAGCAAAACUAUCUGAGACGUUAUAGAUUCCUUGUCACUUUGGGUCUGAACAUUCCAUACUGUUCACUUGUCAUAGGUUGGCAUCUUCCUGUCCUUGCAACUUCUGGGGACUUUCUAGAAAUCAGUAUGCUGUGUUUCAAAUAUGCUUGAGACAAAUCCAAGCCCUGUAUUUACUUAACCCCUUAAGCUACUGAUUUCUUUCAGAAUUCUUACCCUGACAAAGGAUUCCCAAAUCACAGAAACCAUGCUAGUACUAAGUUCUAGAGUGAAAGAUGACUUUUUUGGUCUGGAAAUUCUGUCUUGUCCAUAUUAAUUUGCUUUCAUCUCAGACUCAUUUUGCUGAUCUCAAACACUAUAAAGUAAAUCAGAUCCACAUAAAUUGAUAUUUCACUAUGAUAUUUUCAUAAUCAGAAAGUUGGCCAAAAAGUCAUUUCAAAGAGAAAAGUGAACUUGUUUGGCAUUUGUCUCACUGUGUAACCCAGGCUGGCCUUGAUCUUGUGAUCCUCCUGCCUCUAUUCCCCUCACGCUGGUGUUGUUGAUACACAACACCAUACUCAACUUCAAGCAAUUAUAUUUAAAUUGAAGUUACCUUCAAAUUCGCUACCCAGUUCAUAUUAAUCUACUAAGAAUCAUUGCCCUUCCCAUCUCUUGAUUGUCUUUCAGUGUGUGCAAUUGGCUUUACUAUGGCUGAGUCCCUUUCUAGUGAAACGAUUACAGGAAAGCCUUAAACCCAUCAUGGUUGCUUAGAGACCAUCCCUUCAGCGUUCAGUAAAAGUGUUACCUGCCAAAAUGUUCCUGAGUAUUUAGACCAUCUGAUGGUGACUGGGGAAGGCAGGCUACAUCCAGGUAAAAAGGAUGUGAUGUUUUGACACAAAUUACAUAUAACACCAGCUUUGAAUCACCAUUUAGAAACAAAACAAAAGCUUUUGGCUCUUGUGAAAGUCUAUAGAAUUCAAGGGACAUCAAAGACAAAGGAAUAAAAAAUAUUGUCAACUCUUUCUUGGAAUUCUGGAACCUAAAAUCAGGCCAAAUUCCAUCCAAUCAAAGCGAGGGAAAUGUCUACCAGAGUUGAAUAUCUCAUAACCUUAGGUUCUAGUAAUUCCAGCUGGACAUCUAAAGCCAAGAACCCUAGCUGAAACCGAAAGGCUCUGAAUUUCCUGGAUUACACCUUAUUUCUCAGAUUACUUAUUGUAUUUCUACACACAGGAACUUCCAAGCUUGAUAACACAUUCAAAACACCUGAACAGCUUUCAGUAAGUUAAGGCUAAGCUCAAGCUCAUGUGCCAAUUAUGUCAGAGAGUCUUGGCUUGGGGACCUGAUGUCAGUGUUUUGAGAAGAUUCUUGGGUGAAUAUGCAGCCUGGUGUGGGGCUGUUAGUCUUUGUAGAUCCAUUCUGCUUCUUUCGUUCUUUCCUUUAUAAUUCAACUUGCACCAAAUACACAAUGCAUAUACAUUGUUUUAGUCAAAAACGAAAACAAAUAGUCAUAUAGCCAUCAUUAUAGCCAUCUGACACACGCUCUGAGCUUGAAUAAAGAAUAAAGUUCAUAUUGGCUUCAAACUAAUUCUUAAGCCAAACUUUAAGAA